AUGAGUAAGUUAGCUCAAGUAUUCUUAAUUGGAGCUUUGAUAAGGUUUAUUAUACCUAGUUCUAUACCAUCUAUCACAACAAUAUUACUGUCAACUGUUGAAUUAUCAACUCCUAUAAAUUCAUUUAAAUCGUUAUUGGAAUCAUUUUAUUACUUGAAUCAUGAUAUAAAUUUAUAUGAUGGUGGUGUAAAUCAUAAUCCUCCAUUAUUAGUCAGUAUAUUAUCAAUUAUAUAUAAUUUACCAUACUCAAAUAUAUUAUUUAAUGCAUUAUACACGGUUAUUGAUUUAUUUAUUGCAUAUAGAUUAAUUUUAAUUAAUCGAUGGUAUAAUAAUUAUCAAACACGAAAAUUAGGUGAAAAGAAGACUGGAUUUAAUGAUGAUUUAAUUGCUAGUUUUUAUUUAUUUAAUCCAUUGAUUGUCUUGGCUAAUUUAAGUCAUUCAACUACUAUAUUUAGUUGGUUAUUCACAAUUGAAUCAAUUUAUCAAAUUAUAAGUGGAAAUUCACCAAGAGGCAUGAUUGCAUUAUCUAUUUCAAGUUAUUUAAGUUAUUAUCCAUUAUAUCUCCUUCCUUCUAUACUAUCAUUAAGUCAUAUUUUAUCAAAGGAGAGAAAUUUAUCUAAGAGUUUGGUUUUCGGGGGUUGUAUAUUUUUAAUGCUGUUGACUUUGUUGUUAAUGGUCUCCGUUGUAAUUACUUCUUCAUUUCAAUUCAUAGAUCAUUGUUAUUUUACAAUAUUAUGUCUUAAGAAAAUUACACCAAAUGUUGGACUUUGGUGGUAUUUAUUCACUGAAAUGUUUGAAUUUUUUACACCAUUUUAUCUUGGAAUGUUUAAUUUAUAUUCAUUUAUAUUUAUAAUACCAAUUACAUUAAGAUUAUUUGAGUUUAAACAAACUCCAAAAUUGGGUGAUUCAUUUUUAGCUAUUAUUUUAUCAUAUAUUUGGAUAUCAUUUACUAAAACAUAUCCUACAAUUGGUGAUUUGGGUUUAGCUUUAAGUUUGAUACCAAUAAUUUCAUCAACUGUGCUUAAAUAUUGUAAAAUGAUGUAUAUAACAGGUAUAACACUCAUUAUUUCAUUAUUGUUAAGUCCCAUUUUUUAUUAUUGUUGGAUUGUUUUAGGUAAUGGAAAUAGUAACUUUUUUUAUAGUAUUAAUUUAAUUUGGGGUGCUGUUCAAGUAAUGAUAAUGAUGGACUUAGUAUGGGGAAAACUAAUAAUGGACUACCUGAUAGAAAACAACAUCAAAAGUAAUGAAAUAGGUAAGUUAAACUUAGCUCAAAUAUAG